GGCUGCGCUUGCUCCGACGAGCAGCGCUCACAGAAAGCUGCCGCUUCCGCACUUCUUCCUUAUUUAUUUGUUUUUGGGGGAAACUGUACAUUUAGGAAAGAAAAAAGGUAUUUUUUUUUUUUUUUUUAAAUACCAAAACUCCCACACCAGCUUUUCAGAUCCACGCCUUCCUGAACUGAGAACACCGAUAAAUUUGAAGUUAAGGGGUGAAUAAAGACCACAGUUUCCUCCAAAGCGAGUCUGAGUUUAGUUUCUGGUCUGAAUGGCCACAGCUGCAGAGGAGCCUCCAGGGCUACAGGGCCAGACUGGCAACCUGCAGAGUCUAUUCUGGAGGAAACUGUCUUCUUUCAGAGACAUGACUGGGGCUCAAAACAAAGCUUCUGCAGAGGGUCCAAGCACUAGCACGUCUCAGGCUUUGAAAAAAACUAUCGGGCAUCGUGGAAUUGAUCCCACUGGGGAGACGACGUACAAGAAGACAACAUCAUCUGCUCUGAAAGAUGCUAUCCAGUUAGGCAUCACACACACAAUAGGCAGCUUAAGUCAUAAACCCGAGAGAGAUGUGCUGCUGCAGGACUUUGAGGUGGUGGAGAGCAUCUUCUUCCCUAGUGAGGGUAGUAACCUGACACCUGGUCACCACUAUGGAGAUUUCAGAUUUAAAACAUACGCCCCAAUCGCCUUUCGCUAUUUCAGAGAGAUGUUUGGCAUCCGGCCAGAUGACUACAUGUAUUCUCUGUGCAAUGAGCCGCUGAUCGAGUUGUCCAACUCCGGGGCCAGUGGAUCUUUGUUCUACGUCUCUAGAGAUGAUGAGUAUAUCAUCAAGACAGUUCAGCACAAAGAGGCUGAAUUUCUACAGAAACUGCUGCCUGGAUACUUCAUGAACCUGAACCAGAACAAGCGGACCUUAUUACCAAAGUUUUAUGGGCUUUACUGCAUCCAGGCAGGUGGUAAAAACAUCCGCAUUGUAGUCAUGAAUAAUCUGCUACCGAGUGCUGUACGAAUGCACCUCAAGUAUGAUCUGAAGGGUUCCACCUAUAAGCGACGAGCCUCGCCUAAAGAGAGAGAAAAGGCUGUACCCACAUACAAAGACCUGGAUUUCAUGCAGGACAUGCCUGACGGGCUGUUGCUGGAUGGUGAUACGUACACUGCUCUUUGCAAGACCCUUCAGAGAGACUGCUUGCUCCUGCAGAGUUUCAAGAUUAUGGACUACAGUCUUCUUGUGGGAAUUCAUAACGUAGAUCAGGCCUGUCAAGAGCAGGCCAACCAAGAGGCGGGAGCUGGGGCAAAAGGUCAAGUCCAAAAGGCUCUGUACAGCACGGCUAUAGAGGCCAUCCAGGCAGAGGCGGGACACAUGGGAUCCAUGGACACAGAGGACAAAACGGGAGGAAUUCCUGCACGAAACUCGAAAAUGGAGAGGCUGCUGGUGUACAUCGGUAUUAUUGACAUUCUCCAGUCUUAUAGAUUUGUAAAGAAGCUUGAACACUCCUGGAAGGCUCUGGUUCAUGAUGGCGACACUGUUUCAGUACACAGACCAAGUUUCUACGCAGAGCGAUUUCAGAAAUUUAUGUGCGGCACAGUCUUCAAAAAGAGUGGAGCGAAAAGCUCCCCGGCUAAGAAGCGCCGCGCAGGAGCCGGUCCUGUGAAAAAAGCAGCCGGCUCUGGACCUUCUCUGCUGACCCAAACCAGCAGCAGCAGCAGCAACACCCAGAGUCCUUUCCUCCAACAUCAAGGCAGUGCUGACACCAGAGAAGACACCGAAGGAGACAAAGUCAUGCUCGCAGAUCGUCCUGACCUCCUUCCAAAGACCAUACCUGCCAGCAACGCUGUUGGCAACACUCCUGAAACCAUCGUCUCCUUGUCCUUGGGAACCCCCAUAUUUGUGCCAACAAGUCAGCCUCAGCCUAACUCUCAGCGGGAGGCUUUGAAUAAGCAAAACCAGGAAGAAGACAACCCCAAGAGAGCUCAGUCUGGGACUCUUGAAGAAAGUUUUGGUGCUGAGGAAGCAAUCUCACUGAGUGACAUAGUCCCGAGUGCAAGCAAAUGCGCUGUGUAGAUGCCAGGAAAAAGAACGACUUGGAGGAUGUUCUGAGCCUUCAUGAAAUGUUGUUUGAGUUGAGGUAUCAGAAUUUUGUAAAAGUUAUGCUUUUUUUUGUUGUUGUUUGUGGGUUUUUUGCACAAUGUGAUAUGAUGAUGUAACUGGGUGGUUGUGUCUUGACACUAGUAACUGCAGGUACAGUAAUACUGUAGUUAUUAAACACUAUUAUUCAAGCCACAAAAGAAGUGCCUGUAGUCACAACCAAAGAUCAUUCUUGGCUUAGUUAAGACAGCAUUUGUAAAUGUUGCCUUGUUGAAGAACUGAGAUUCUUCAUUCAGGCCUGGCUAUAUAUGUCAUUGUCCUUUUUGGGAUUAUUAUUAUUAUUAUUAUUAUGAUUUUAUUCUAUUUUUUAAAAUGUUUUUAACCAAAGUGCUACAGCACAUCCUCCUGCAGAUUUUGCUGUGUGUCUGUCUCCCACCCAGAGGUCCAAGUCCAGAGUACUGUUUGUGCUAUCUGCUUUGAUGGAGGAUUGGGAACACAGUUUGAAAUAAAAGUCUUAUGUUUUAAAGAAAUUACUGUAUUCAUACAUUGUAAGCUUCUGUUUUUCUAAAGCUUACUCUGAAUGCAGCUCAUGCUGGAGAAAAGGCCCUCAGCUCAUGCUUUUUAUUUAACCAAGUAUUCUAAUGGACCUCUACUACUUUUAAAGACUGUGAAUCUUAAAUGUCACCUGUAAUAUUCAGGCCAGAGAGUUAUUUUAAAAGGAUGGUUUUUUUUUUCCUUUUUAAAUACUUGUUUUUACUGGUGUAUUAUAGACUGGCUCAUGAAAGCACCCAAUAACCUGGGGCUGUCUCAUAAAGUAAGAGCUUCGGUGUCACGGACCAAACCUGCAAAGAGAAGCUUGUGUUAUAUGCAGUAUGCAAGAAAAACAGAAAUGCAAGAAUCACACUAAACCUUACCAAUUUAGGUGACCUAAGAACAUGUGGCAUUAGUUUAAACUGGUACAAUCACUUUGCUCUUGCAGUAAGUUAGGAUAUUGGAAAUGGUGUUAUAAUAGUAAAGUUGUAGUAGGAUUUUUUAAAAAAUAUAUAUGUAUAUACACAUAUAUACUGCCAGUCAGCAAAAAUUAAAAAUUACCGUUGCAUGUAAUUUGUUGUUUUUUUUUCCCCAUAAUAAAAGGGUUCUUUUUUUUUUUUUCUUAAACACUGCAGUUUACGCCUAGCUGAAGCUAAUGCAGUCUAAUUUAACAGUCCUGCAAUAAAUCUAGCCUUAAUUAUGAUUAUGAUUAUAAUUCCAUGUACAGUUUGAAAUAUAAUUUAACUUUUGUGAAAAUCCUCUGUAAAAGAGGAAUGCACAGAGCUUUAUAAGUUUGGGGGCCAUUUUUGUUGCUGUAUUGCGCGGUACUAACUGGUGUUUCUAUUAAUUUGUCGACCCCAUUUGUACCAUUGGGGCUCAAGUGCAUAAAAGAACAUCUACUGAGCAUAACAUCUGAAACAAGGCCUCUGUCAUCCAGCUGCUGAAAUGCAACGUGUAUUUUGUAGGGUGUUUUUAAUG